AUGCAUUACUACAUCGCGAACUAUGCCGCUUUGGCUGCUUCUCUGUUCAGACUCACACAGGCGGUAGACAGCGUCACUGUGCCAAGCACCAUUGCUGCCGGAACGAGCUUCCAACUGACUGUCGACGACCUGGAUAGCGCCGACAAGUAUCGUGUAUACUUGGCAGCGGCGCUUGGAGGCGAUACUGGACCGACUUGCUGGCUCGUCAACUCCACCGCUCUCUCUUCUUCCAGCAACUUCACGAUUCCAGCGGCGGUCGGCCCUUCGGCAAGCUAUUACUCGAUUGGAGUAGGUGAGGUCGACGGCGACGAAGAUGAUAUAACGUACAGCAAUAAGUUCAGCUUCACUGGUGGGACCGCCAAUUACACUGAGUACGAGACACAUCUCGAUGGAUCCCCUUUCUGGGACGCCGACGACCUACCUUGCUCCGCAUACGCAUGCGCCAGGAAGUGCGCCGACGCGAGCUACCCAGACGACCUGACCGACGAGAACGCUUACAACACCAUGAAGGAAUGCAUCAAUGCGUGCCCUGGUGUGACCGAGACGUCGCAGACGACGCCCGCUGCCGUCACUUCGAGCUCGGCAAGCACUAGCACAUCGACUUCUUCCUCUUCUUCUACUUCUUCCUCCGGUGACGCGUCCAGCACGAAUGGUGACGAUGACAGCGGAGCGCCGGCGGCAGCUGUGCAGCAGGUCAUGGUCGUGGGCAUGGCUAGUGUUGCUGGCCUUGCGAUUCAAUUCUUGUAA